AAACCCUGCAGCCAGGCAGACGGACACUUUCCACGUCAGUCGGACAGUCAGACGGACGGACAGGCGGCCAAAGACGACACCCCUCCUUCCCUAAAAACACAUCUCAGUCAGGAUGUCGAUCACUAAGAUUCACGCUCGUGAGAUUCUGGACUCCAGAGGAAACCCCACCGUGGAGGUUGACCUGUGGACAGCCAAAGGUCAUUUCAGGGCAGCAGUUCCCAGCGGUGCCUCAACUGGAGUCCAUGAGGCUCUGGAGCUCCGUGAUGGAGACAAGGCCCGCUUCCUGGGCAAAGGUACUCUUAAGGCUGUGGAUCAUGUGAACAAGGACAUCGCCCCCAAGCUGAUUGAGAAGAAAUUCAGCGUUGUCGAGCAGGAGAAGAUCGACAAAUUCAUGCUGGAGUUGGACGGCACUGAGAACAAAUCUAAGUUUGGAGCCAAUGCCAUCCUGGGCGUGUCGCUGGCCGUCUGCAAGGCCGGAGCAGCGGAGAAGGGCGUUCCUCUGUACCGCCACAUCGCUGACCUCGCCGGACACAAGGAAGUCAUUCUUCCUGUUCCUGCCUUCAACGUCAUCAACGGUGGAAGCCACGCUGGCAACAAACUGGCCAUGCAGGAGUUCAUGAUUCUGCCAGUCGGUGCCGCCAACUUCCACGAUGCCAUGAGGAUCGGAGCUGAGGUCUACCACAACCUGAAGAGUGUGAUCAAGGCAAAGUACGGCAAAGACGCCACCAACGUGGGAGAUGAGGGUGGUUUCGCCCCCAACAUCCUGGAGAACAAUGAGGCUCUGGAGCUGCUGAAGUCUGCCAUUGAGAAGGCCGGCUACCCCGACAAGAUCAUCAUUGGCAUGGAUGUGGCUGCCUCCGAGUUCUACCGCAGCGGAAAGUACGACCUGGACUUCAAGUCCCCCGACGACCCAGCCAGACACAUCAGUGGCGAGAAGCUGGGAGACCUGUACCGCGACUUCAUCAAGCACUACCCCGUCCAGUCCAUUGAGGAUCCCUUCGACCAGGACGACUGGGAGCACUGGGCCAAGUUCACCGCCUCCACAGACAUCCAGAUCGUAGGAGACGACCUGACUGUGACCAAUCCCAAGAGGAUCAAGACAGCUGUGGAGAAGAAGGCCUGCAACUGUCUGCUGCUCAAAGUCAACCAGAUCGGCUCUGUCACCGAGUCUAUCCAGGCGUGUAAGCUUGCCCAGAACAGCGGCUGGGGUGUGAUGGUCAGCCAUCGCUCCGGAGAGACUGAAGACACCUUCAUCUCUGACCUGGUGGUCGGACUCUGCACUGGACAGAUUAAGACCGGCGCCCCCUGCAGGUCAGAGCGUUUGGCCAAGUACAAUCAGCUGAUGAGGAUUGAGGAGGAGCUCGGCGCCAAGGCCAAGUUCGCCGGCAAGGACUUCCGCCACCCCAAGGUCCACUAAAGCCUUCCCUCCCCUCCGCCUGUCGCCAUAACAACUGACAACGUGGCGGACGUGACUCCGACUGAUGAUGUUUUCUAUAAAAAACAGAUUCAAUAAAGAUUAAAGAAUAAAACA